AAACAAGAAAAAAGUUCCUGCCUAUAUCUUAGUGAGUUUAUUGAAGGCUUACACUGCUGGUGACUGUGGUUACCUGCCUGCCAAAAUAGUGCAGAUUAAGUGGAAGCUGGGCAAGUCUGAUUUGAAUGAAACAGCUAAGAAGGAAAUGGUGCUUUCCCUUCUUGGAAAAGGAAGGUAAAUAAAGCAUAUUACUACAAUAUCAUUACUAUCUUUUGGCCAGCCCUGAAGCAGUCAGGCAAUUAGUUUGAUGAUCACUGUAGGUCCUUUCCAGAUGAAUUUUUCUUCUCUCUUGCUGUCGUCAUCUCUAUCACCUUUCUUCUCUUCUUCCUUUCUUCUUAUUGUCCUCUCUUCUCUCCCUUCCUCUCUCUAUGGCUCUGUACAGGUUCAGCAAGGCCAAAUGCUUUAAAAAGCUAACUAGAGUCAUUGCCAGCAGCGCGCCCCAGCAGUCCCACCAGCUGUCCCAGUGCCCUUGCAGUGCAGGACUAGGGGACGCUGCAGCAGAGGCGUGAAUGACAGAGGAGGUGCCCCCGACUGCACUGACAGACGUAAACCUGCGUCUUCUCUGCCACGAUGACAUAGACAGGGUGAAACAGCUCUGUGGCGACUGGUUCCCAAUAGAGUACCCUGACUCAUGGUACCGAGAUAUCACUUCCAACAAGAAGUUCUUUUCCCUCGCGGCUACCUACAGAGGCUCCAUUGUGGGCAUGAUAGUGGCAGAGAUCAAGAGCAGAACAAAGGUGCAUAAAGAGGAUGGAGACAUCCUAGCUUCCAAUUUUCCUGUGGACACUCAAGUUGCUUACAUCCUAAGUCUUGGAGUGGUGAAGGAGUUCAGGAAACAUGGAAUAGGUUCGCUCUUGCUUGAGAGUUUGAAAGACCACAUAUCAACGACUGCCCAAGACCACUGCAAAGCCAUCUACCUGCACGUCCUCACCACUAACAACACAGCAAUAAACUUCUAUGAAAACAGAGACUUUAAACAGCACCACUAUCUGCCCUAUUAUUAUUCCAUCAGAGGAGUCCUCAAAGAUGGCUUCACCUACGUCCUGUACAUCAACGGCGGCCACCCACCUUGGACAAUCUUUGACUACCUGCAGCACAUUGGGUCAACGCUGGCCAGCCUGAGUCCCUGCUCCAUCCCCCAGCGGAUCUACCGGCAAGCCCAGAGCCUCCUCUGCAGCCUCCUGCCCUGGUCUGGCAUCUCUGCCAAGAGUGGCAUCGAGUACAGCCGGACCAUGUGACUGGGCCCAGGAUGUACAAAGAGCAAAGGAUUGUUCUUCCUCCCAUCUCCUGAACCAUCCGGCUCUGCACGGAUCCCACUGAUGACAGCUCUUGGUCAGUGACCCAGCCCCAGGAAGAGACUCCUCGUGCCACAGGUUGACCAAGAUUUGGCAGGCUCCACACCUGCAGGGCAGCAGCCCUGACUUACCCAUGUGUCCUGGAGCCUACAAGCUGCCUGAGAAGGCCUGGCUGGUGUGCAAGGUGCCAGGCUGUGCCCUGGCUGAAGGCCCUUUGCCUCACCCCUCUGUGUGCAUGUCGCACUGUCCUUGCCACGUCCCUCGCCUCCAGUUUGCUCCUACUUGCAUAUGUGACAGAGAGAGGUUCAGUUGCUGCUCCCACCCCACAGCUGCCGGAAGCAGUGCUGAUGAGGUUAAUGAAUGUGCACUGACCGAGCAUGAACACAAGCCCUGAGCGUCCUGACAGGCCACUGGCAGAAUAUUCAGCCUUGCCCUUGGUGCCAGGGAGGUGGGGAGCAAGGAUCACAUCUGGGUCCUGCCAGGUCAGCUGCUGGUGCUCCUUGCAGUUGCCUUCCAGAGAGGACAACUGCCUCGCAUGAGAACCCACCCAGCCCACCAGCCCUCUGGAGUCACCUAAAAAGAAGCAUCUAAUUCAGGAUGUAUCAAGUAGAAGGCAGGGAAUGAAAUUGCUAUUUCAUAGUGAAAUAUAUAUCUAUAUUAUACUGUA